AGAAGAAGAAGAAGAAGAAGAAGAAGAAGAUUUGAUUUACCUUACCUUACCUUACCUGUCAGCGUUUGAGUUGAUCACGUCCACAUCAGUAUGUUUGCAAUAAAGACACUAAGGAGUUUUUCUCCUGCGACGAAAUUUUUUUAUUUGCGGAGUAAACAGGCGUUUAGCGUGAUGUCGAGAAUGCAGCAUGCGCAGGUCCAGCAUGGGGAAACAACAGCACCUUUUCGACCUGAAACGCCCAUGGCCAAGACACUGAUGGACAUCGGCACCAGACGGAUCUUCUCAGAGGAGCAUGACCUGUUCCGUCAAAAUGUGCGGCGGUUCUUUCAGGAGGAAGUUGUUCCAUAUCACGCUCAGUGGGAGAAGGCUGGAGAGGUCAGCAGAGAGGUUUGGAAAAAGGCCGGAGAACAUGGAUUACUGGGAAUAUAUACACCUGAGGAGCAUGGAGGAAUCGGAGGGGACCUUCUUUCUGCUGCUAUAGUGUGGGAGGAGCAAAUGUACUGUAACUGCAGUGGUCCUGGGUUCUCGCUCCACUCUGAGGUUGUAAUGCCUUAUAUCAGUCACUAUGGCUCCAAGGCUCAGAUCGAGCACUAUAUUCCACAGAUGACUGCUGGGAAAUGCAUCGGGGCCAUCGCUAUGACCGAACCUGGAGCCGGCAGUGACCUUCAAGGAGUGAAGACAUUUGCAAAAAAAUAUGGCACUGACUGGAUUAUUAAUGGGAGCAAGGUGUUCAUCAGUAAUGGCUGGAUGAGUGAUAUGGUGAUUGUAGUUGCUGUGACUAACCGUGAAGCAAAGACAGCAGCUCAUGGAAUCAGUCUGUUCCUGGUUGACAGCGGCACUAAGGGCUUCAAAAAAGGCCGCAAACUGGAGAAGCUCGGACUCAAAGCUCAGGAUACAGCUGAACUGUUUUUUGAGGAUAUGCGUUUGCCCGCUGAAGCUUUGUUGGGUCAGGUCAAUAAAGGAUUUUAUUAUAUGAUGAACGAGCUGCCACAGGAGCGCCUUAAUAUAGCAGUCAUGGCCCUUGCCAGCAGCGAGUUCAUGUUUGAAGAGACAAGGAACUUUGUGAUGCAGCGGAAGGCAUUCGGCAGGACGAUCGCUGACCUGCAGGUGGUGCAGCACAAACUGGCUGAGUUGAAAACAGACAUAUGUGUAGGUCGAGCUUUUAUUGACAGUUGCCUUCAGCUCCACAGUGAGAAGAAUCUGGACUCAAGCACAGCGUCCAUGGCCAAAAAUUGGGCCACAGAUUUGCAGAAUAGAGUUGCUACUCAGUGCCUGCAGCUUCACGGUGGAUCGGGCUACAUGUGGGAGUGUCCGAUAGCCAAGGCUUUUGCAGACUCCAGAGUUACACCCAUCUUCGGAGGAACCAAUGAGAUCAUGAAAGAACUAAUCUCACGCAACAUCGUUAGUAAAAAAUAAAUGCAGGAAAAAUAGAGAAAAAAAAUGUAGCGGGAGUUUCACUGAUUGUUUAUCUCAGAUGAGUUAUUCAACACAUACUAAAAGUUCAUGUCAUGUUAAAGUCUGCUUAUAUCAUAGGAUGUCUGCAGAGAGAACAUCUGUUUCUGUUCUUCUGUGACUACGCUGUAUGUAUGGAUAUUUUAAGCAACAUUUGUUUUCCAGGUGAACAGUUUGCACCACUAAUUUGCAGGGUUUGUUGUACAGGGUUUUUUGUUGUAGAGUUCAGAUACUUUUGUUGUGUUUUGACUGUUUGAUAUGUGAAUACCAGCUUUGUAUGUACUAAUAAAUCCAUAUAAAGCUAU